CGCCCACCUGCGGCGGCCGUGAAAGUUUUGGUUUAGUAGCGUGGGGAUUCCGGACGCGGACAGGUCGCGGACGCCGCCAUGGCUGCCCUGGCGCUGCGGGGCGUUUCGGUGCGGCUGCUGAGCCGUGGGCCCGGGCUGCGUGGCUUGCGCGCCUGGAUCUCGGCGAGCGCACACAGCGGCGCGAGGAGCGGGGAGGCGCGGAGCCGCCCUGCGCAGGCCUCGCGCCCGGACUUUGACUGGCGGGACCCUCUGCUGCUGGAGGAGGAGCUGACGGCCGAGGAGGUCCUCAUCAGGGACACGUUCCGCACCUACUGCCAGGAGCGGCUCAUGCCGCGCAUCCUGCUGGCCAAUCGCAACGAAGUUUUUCAUCGGGAGAUCAUCUCGGAGCUGGGCGAGCUGGGCGGGCUGGGCCCCACCAUCAAAGGGUACGGCUGUGCGGGCGUCUCGUCCGUGGCCUACGGGCUGCUGGCCCGCGAGCUGGAGCGAGUGGACAGCGGCUACAGGUCGGUGAUGAGCGUGCAGUCGUCCCUGGUCAUGCAUCCCAUCCACGCCUACGGCAGCGAGGAGCAGCGGCAGAAGUACCUGCCCCGGCUGGCCACGGGGGAGCUCCUGGGUUGCUUUGGGCUCACGGAGCCCAACCACGGCAGUGACCCCAGUGGCAUGGAGACCACAGCCCGCCACAACCCUGCCAACAAGACUUACGUCCUCAAUGGGACCAAGACCUGGAUCACCAACUCGCCCGUAGCCGACCUGUUUGUGGUGUGGGCUCGGUGUGAAAAUGGCCGCAUCCGGGGCUUCCUGCUGGAGCGGGGUGUGCGGGGCCUCUCGACCCCCAAGAUCGAGGGCAAGUUCUCCCUUCGGGCCUCGACCACGGGCAUGGUCGUCAUGGAUGGCGUGGAGGUACCCGAGGACAGCAUGCUCCCCGGUGCAGACGGCCUGGCGGGGCCCUUCGGCUGCCUCAACAAUGCCCGCUACGGCAUCACGUGGGGCGUGCUCGGGGCCGCCGAGUUCUGCCUGCACACGGCCCGGCAGUACACCCUGGACAGGCUGCAGUUCGGUGUUCCCCUGGCCAAGAACCAGCUGAUCCAGAAGAAGCUGGCGGACAUGCUCACCGAGGUGACGCUGGGCCUGCACGCCUGCCUGCGGCUCGGCCGUCUGAAGGACCAGGACAAGGCCACCCCCGAGAUGGUCUCCCUGCUAAAGAGGAACAACUGUGGGAAGGCCCUGGAUGCCGCCCGCCAGGCCAGGGACAUGCUGGGGGGCAACGGGAUCUGCGACGAGUACCACGUGAUCCGGCACGCCAUGAACCUCGAGGCCGUGAACACCUACGAAGGCACGCAUGACAUUCACGCCCUGAUCCUCGGAAGGGCCAUCACAGGCCUGCAGGCGUUCAAGGCUGCCAAGUGACCCUGCCUCCCGGACGGCCGCCGGGCCUGUACCCUGGGCGCCAGGCUCAGCUGGGGAGGUGAUGCAGAGGGACCUGGCCCGUGUCGGGGGACAGCGACAGGCAAGGACGCCCGGCAGCCAAAGCACCGAGGACUCUGCUCAGCGCGUCCUGCCCACUUUCCACCACGAACAAGACACAGCCAAGAGCCAGGCAGGGAGAGGCCCGAGGGCGGCCCUGACCCCCGGCUUACCCCACACUGAGCCACGCUGGGGGCAAGUGCCAUACUUCCUCUGGACCCCAGGGCAGGGCGGGUGAGGGCCAUGAAAAUAAAGAGCACCCGUGCACCUGA